UACGGUACGUUACAAUACGGUAGGGUUGGGGCUUUACUGGACUUCUUCAUCCUCGCUGUCUCGCAUACAAACCACAAUGGCAACAAAGCAUUGGCUGCACUUGAGCGCUUGAGAUUGAUUGUUUCCUUGGAUCUCACCAUGGCGGACUCGUCCUCUGUAAUGACUGGCGAUCUUGAAUCCCUGCUCAAGAUGUUGGAGAGCCCUGGAGGACUCGCCAUCAUGGCUGCCUGGAUGUUGCUGGUCUUUGUGCUGUUUCCACCCGGCGCAAAGGAUCAACCCGAGGACGAUCCGUCCUUGAAGGAUGCGUACCUAACCUUUUCUACGUAUGAACCGAAGGCCACUUGGUCGUCUGACUGGAAAGUGCUGAAAGCCAUGUGGUUUUCCAAGAUUACUGGUUCUGAUCUGCAAGAAAGACUCAAUUCAUUCUACGAAACACAAGCAGAUUUGUAUGAUAGCUACCGGUUUCGAAUGCUCCAUGGUCGACCCUUGAUGCUCAAAGGCGUGACACGGCACUUGAAACCCAGUGCUGCCAUCAAAAAGAAGGGACUGGUCUGGGUCGAUUUGGCCUGUGGAACUGGCUACAAUGUAGAGAACUUUCGGACUUGUCUAAAGAAAUUCCAAAAGAUUUACUUGUUGGAUCUGUGUGUUCCACUCUGUAAGGUAGCCCAACGAGAACGAGCCGACAAGUACAAUGAUCCUGGCAAGGAAAACAAGAAGAUCACCGUCAUUCACGGAGAUGCCACCGAUUUUGAAUGUGCGGAACUACCACCGGCAGGUACGGUAGAUUUGGUGACCAUUUCCUAUUCUCUCGUCAUGAUUCCGGACUGGCACAAGGCACUUGCCAAUGCCAAACGAUUGCUGAAACCGGGUGUGGGUAUGAUUGCUGUGAGUGAUUUCACGGUGGCACCGGAUCAAAUGGGGAUGAUGAAGAGCUUUUGGACCAAGACAUUUGAACAGGAUCAUGUAUUUUUGGACGAGGCACAUCUGAAGGCCUUGUACACCAAUUUUGACGUGGUGGAAGCGGCAGGUGCCUACGGUCCCCUGCCCUACACACCCUCAUUUUUGCAACCAGCCUACUACCACUUUGUUGGCACAAAUAAGAAGAAGGAAAAGGAGUAGGCCAUUAUUUUGUAGGACAAUAGAAUUUGUCUUGUG